AUGUCACAAGAAACUCGGGAGGUCUCUAAUUUAGUUAAUGGUAUUCAGAAAACAUGCGACUUUGGAGUAACUUCGCAGCACUGGCAGCUCAAGGACAUGAUCAAGGUCAAGGGCGAAUCCCUGGUUUUCCCUAGGGCAUGCAAUGUAGUUUCCUACAAUCCUCGUGAAAACAAGAUCAGGACCAUAUACGAGGGCGUGGACUUCUUUCCCACAUCCAUAUGCUUGAAGGACGACUUUCUAGCAGUGGGCGGCUCCAGAGGCCAUCUUAAGAUCAAGAACCUUGUUACCAAUGAGGUUCUUUCUCAAGUUGUUAGCUCGUCGAUUAACAAUAAUAUAUGCAUAAACAACAACAGAAUCUUCAUAUGCAACAAUGACAGAACUCUAAAGAUAUUUACAAUGGAGCUUCAGAGUAGCGGGUGCAUAAAUCACAUAGCACAGGUCAAUAGCUGUGGGAUUAGCCCAGACAACAAGUUCCUGGUUGUUGUGGGAGACUCCAACGAUGUGUUUCUUUACUCCAUUGACAACGACAACUAUAAACUUGUCAAAAAAUUAAAAAGUACAGAGGAUGGAGGAUUUAGUGUAUCGUGGAACAGCAUGUCUUCUGCGUUUGCCGUUGGAACGCAGGAUGGGUAUGUAUGCAUAUGGGACAUAAGAAGCGAUAACAUCCUUCAUAGAUUUGAAAGCAAGCAGAAGGACAGCCACCGAGGAGCUGUCCGGAACGUGAAGUUUUCCUUGAAGAACUCCCUAGAUCUGUUGUUUUUUACGGAGCAUUUCUCGUUUCUGACUGUCUGUGAUAUGAGAGACUUCAGAAGAUGCCAAAGAAUUAAGGUGUUUCCAGAUAAGCAGAUAACUGGUGCUGUCUUUUCUGAGAUGAACGACAAGAUAUUUGUUAGCACUGAGGACCAAAUAGUCGAUAUGAAUAUUAACUCGAAGUCAAGACGUAUGUUUGCAGGGCUAUGA